UGUCCCCCUGAUAUCACAAUAACAGCCCCUCUCUCUCUCUCUCUCUCUCUCUCUUUCUCUCUCUCCCUCUCCAGAAGCCAAAUCACAGACCAAGCCAAUAAUUCAGUGAGGUGAGUACAUUUGCACUCGAAAAUGGCGUUCACAGCCAGAGCAGUGAAGGUGCCUCCAAACUCGGCGAGCCUGGAGGAAGCUCGCAGCCGCGUGUUUGACUUCUUCAGGACGGCGUGCAGAUCAAUACCUUCCAUAAUGGAAAUCUACAACCUAGGCGACAUUGUUACUGAAUCACAGCUCCGCUCCACCAUCGCCUCCGAGAUCCGCAAGAACGCUCAUAUCACAAACCCGAAGGUGAUUGAUCUGCUUCUUUUCAAGGGAAUAGAAGAACUAAAUAACAUUUUGGAACACGCUAAGCAGCGGCAUCACAUGAUUGGCCAAUAUGUAGUGGGUCGUGAAGGGCUUGUGCAGGAUCGGGAUCCGAAGGAUGAGGGCAUGUCCAGUUUUCUCAAAAACUUCUAUAACAGCAAUUACUUUUGAUUGAACCUUCACUGUUCAACCUGCAUGGAGAUUACAUUUGGUGUGUUUUUCUUAGCUGUGAGAUUCAGAUACUGCAUAGCUCGGGAUGAACAGGGAUUCAGUGACAGAGAGAGAUUUGAUCCACCCUAAGGUUUCGGUCAACUAUAUCUGGGCUUCACAUUUUAAAGCAUUAGGAUUUACCCUUCGAAUUUAACUAAUGUUUACAUGAUAUUUUACUUGGGAAUUUGUUUCUGUUUAAAGCUAGAAUACUUCUCAUUGUAAUAUUGUUCAAUUUUUUAUUGAAUAUUAUGUGAUAAAAUAAAAGAUAAAAAAAUAUAUAUAUAUAUAUA